AUGCCUCUCAAGAAUCCUUCACUCGCCGCCCUGCAGCAGAGCCGCAGUCGCUUCUGCGAGGGCUCCAUGAACGACCGCGCCUCCGCCGCGCCACCCGUUCACUUUCUCGGCCCCGACGCCCUUGCCGCCCUCGAGCAACCCGCCUCCAACCCGCGACCUAGCCACGAGACGAGUAGCAGCAGCAGCAGCAGCAGUGGUGGUGCGUGGUCUCGCAAGACGGGCAGCCGGCUCUUUGGGCAGGUCUGGGAGGGCGUCCGCGGCAAACUGCGUCUGCGUCCCAGGGAUACCGCUGCCGUUGACGGCAACAAUGCCACAAAGACGAUGACGAGCACGAUGCCGGCGCCGCCGGCGGUUAUUUCUGCCGCGACGACGACGACGGCCGUGACGGCGACGAAUGCGCAGCAGCAGCAGCAGCAGCAGCAGCACAUAUCCAUCUACACAGACCCGGCGGAGCGCGACAACCAUAAUGACGGCCCUCCCGCCUCGCGCACACGCAGCCGGCUCACUGCCGCCCCGAUUGACGUUCCUGGAGCGACGGCCGCCGGCUUUCAGUUCACCGGCUUUCAGUCCGCGCGGCCGUCGCGUGAAGAGGUCCUCGCCAGCUACCAGCAGCUCAUGGCCGGCGGCUUCUUCCAAGCAAACGCUAUCCCCUCGAGCCGUCACGGACGGCCAGGUACCAGCCUUCCCGCGCGGCCAGCCACUUCUCACCAUCAGCCGCCGCCGCCGCCGCCGCCGCCGCCGUCGUCGUCUCCUCCGCCACAAUGGCCGCUCACCACACCGCAUCACCACCAACACCACCAGGGGUUUGCUUCUUGCCCCGUACAGUCCCCCACGAGCGUGUCAUCGCGGGGAACUAAGCGCGCCGCUGCCCCGGACUCGGACUCGGACGAGAGCAUGCACGACGACGGCGACUCCUCUUCCUCCUAUAAGGAGAAUCAGGCGCCGCCGCACCCCAACACCGUCCACGACGACAGGCAGCCCAAGAAGCGUCUCCGUCGGCUUCCCUCCCGCGAGAGCCUCUUCGUGCCCAAGAUUCGCGGAUCUUCUUCUUCUUCCUCCUCCGCCACCUCCUCGACCGCCGCCUCCUCCUCCUCCUCGUUCCGCCGCAGGCUCACCCCUUCCUACGGCGUCCCGCCCGCCAAUAAGCUGCAGAAGCGCCGCCCCCAACCGCAGUCACAGCCGCAGUGGCAAGGAAGCAGCAGCAGCAGAAUCGGAGUGGCCGCUGUGCGACCCCGCCACGUUAGCGACGGUGGCGGGAGCGCCCGCGUGCUGAGGGGCUGCGCGGCCGAGGCGCACCGCCCCAUGCGCGUGGUGCCCGAUGAGGGGCGAGGGAUCCCCAGCGUGCCCGUCAUCCCGGCCCGGUUCACAUUCGGAGAGGACAGGCAGAAUAAUGGCCCGUGGAGGGGUCUUCGAGUCCGUUGA